UCAACCAACAAACAAAACUUCCCGCAAAACCCUAAGCCCCGCCUCCUUCUUCCUCGAAUGCUUAAACCCUAAACCACUGCCAUCUCCUCUCUGCUCACACCAGUCCCCAAUGGCUAAACACAAGGAGAGGCAUCACCAGAAAUCCGUCUCGAAACCCAACCCUUUUGAGGCCAAAUCACCAAAACCGGGCAGAGCUGACGCCAAUCACAACCAUGAGACGGCGGCGGCGGCGAAGAAGAAGAAGAAUAAGUUGGGUCCGAACGCCGUCGCCAUGAAGCACCAGGCCCCCCCAAAACCUAACCCCUUCGAAACCAUUUGGUCCCGGAGGAAAUUCGACAUUCUCGGCAAAAAGCGCAAAGGCGAAGAGCGCCGAGUUGGCCUCUCCCGCUCUCUCGCCAUUGAAAAGAGGAAGAAUACGCUGCUGAAGGAGUACGAGCAGAGUAAUAAAGCUUCGGUCUUUGUUGAUAAGCGAAUUGGGGAGCAUAAUGACGAGCUGGACGAGUUCGAUAAGGCCAUUCGGCGUGCGCAGCGCGAGCGUCAAUUGAAGACGAACAAGAAAAGCAAGUAUAACUUAUCAGAUGGAGAAGAAGACGACUUUGAAUUUCAAAGUCUUGGUGCAUUAUCUGAAAGGGAUGAUUUUGAGGAUGAUGGGCUGCCUGAAGAUGAAGACGACGACACAGAAACCACUAAAACUAAGAAAAGAUUAGCCAUGACAGAUCAAAUGGACGGUGAUCUAAUGGAAGGAGAGGAAAAUAGACCUAAAAGCAAGAAGGAAGUAAUGAAGGAGGUUAUGGCAAAAGACAAAUAUUAUAGGGCAGAAAGAGCAAAAGAUAAGGAAGAACUAGAAGAUUUUAGGCAAGAAUUGGACAAAUCUUUCACAUCUAUAGUGCCCUCCAAACUGUUACAAAUUGCUGAACCAGAGAUGAAGAUUCCGAAUGAGCAUUCAAAGAAGGAUGAGCUUUCUGAACAGGAAAAAUCCCGCUCUUAUUUCAAAACUUUUGGCAACCUAGUCAUGGUUAGCCGUGCUCAACCCUCAGACAGGACAAAGACACCUGAAGAGAUAGCACAAGAGGAGAGAGAGCAGCUUGAGCAUUUAGAGGAAGAGAGACAGAAGAGGAUGCUUGCCACUGACGUCAAUAGUGACGAUGACAAUGAAGAUGCUGAGACACCAUCUAACCAGAAGCCAAGACCCAUAUCUGGAGACGAUCUUGGUGAUUCCUUCUCACUUGAUGAAGAGCCACGGAUUAAAAAGGGUUGGGUUGAUGAGAUUCUAGAAAGAAAUGAUGCUAGUGAUUCUGAGAGUGAAGAAGGCGACGCUUCUGAGGAUUCAGAAAGUCCUGAGGAUGACAGUGAAGGAUCUGAUAAAGAUAUUAAUCUAGGUGAAAAGAGUCUAUUUAUGAAGGACUGGGAACAAAGUGAUGAUGAUAAUCUUGGAAAUGAUUUGGAUGAGGAGGAAGAAGAAGAAGAUGGGUCUGAAGCACAUGAAGAGGAUGAUGAUGCUGACGAAAAAGAGAUGGAACCAAGAAAGCUGAAAAAAAUGAAAAAAGUUGAUGCUGCUGAAGCCGGUCAAAAAGAGGGUGAUUUUUUAGAUGCCAAGAAAAUAUCUCAGGACGGUAAACGACCUUCUACUCAAUCAGACCUCCCAUACCUAAUUGAAGCUCCAAAAAGCUUCGAAGAAUUAGGUGUAUUGGUGGAUAAUCUUUCUAAUGCUGACAUUGUCUUGAUUAUUAAUCGAAUCCGGAAAAGCAAUGCAAUCAAGCUUGCAGCAGAAAACCGGAAGAAAAUGCAAGUAUUUUAUGGUGUACUUCUGCAGUAUUUUGCCAUAUUAGCAAAUAAAAAGCCACUGAAUAUGGAGUUGUUAAAUUUUUUGGUUAAGCCAUUGAUUGAGAUGAGUAUGGAGACUCCAUACUUCGCUGCAAUUUGUGCUCGUGAGAGAAUUUUACGGGCUCGGACAGAAUUUAGUGGGACAGUUAAGAACCCAGAAAAGAGUUGUUGGCCUUCUUCAAAGACAUUAUUUCUUCUGAGGCUUUGGUCCCUGAUAUUUCCAUGCUCUGAUUUUCGUCAUGUGGUCAUGACUCCAGCAACACUGUUGAUGUGUGAAUAUCUGGCUCGUUGUCCUAUUGUGUCUGGUCGUGAUACUGCAGUUGGUUCUUUCUUGUGCUCUAUGCUUCUCGGUAUCACCAAACAAUCUCGGAAGUUCUGUCCUGAAGCAGUCAUGUUUCUCACAACAUUGUUGAUGGCAGCUAAAGACAGAAAGCCAAUGGCAAGUCAAAAUUCUCAGUUUUGUCAUCUUAUGGAAUUAAAAGCAACCAGGCCUCUUUUAUGUAUACAUGCAUCCGUAGGUCAGGUCGAUCCUCUUAAUUUUCUCACAAUAGUGGACCUGCCGGAGGACUCCUCUUUUUUCAGCUCUGACAAUUUCAGGGCUAGUGUGCUGGUUACGGUGAUUGAAACUCUACGUGAGUUUGUCAUCAUUUACGAAGGAUUCAGUUCUUUUCCCGAAAUAUUUUUGCCAAUUUCAGUCUUGUUGCUUGAAGUGGCACAACAGGAGAAUAUGCCACAAGUAUUAACAGACAGAUUGAAAGAUGUUGCUGAACUGAUUAAGACAAAAGCAGAUAAACAUCACAUUCUGUGGCAACCACUUCAGAUGCGGAAGCAAAAGCCAGUGGCUAUCAAAAUGCUCAAUCCGAAAUUUGAGGAGAACUUUGUUAAGGGCAGAGACUAUGAUCCAGAUCGGGAACGAGCCGAGAGAAGAAAGAUGAAGAAACUUUUGAAGCAAGAAGCUAAAGGGGCUAUUCGUGAACUGCGUAAGGAUAAUUCUUUCCUGUACGAGGUGAAGGCGAGGGAUAAGGCGCUGAUGGAAGAAGAAAAAGCUGAGAAAUAUGGAAAGGUACGACUUUUCCUACAAGAACAAGAACACGCUAUGAAGUCUGGGCAAUUAGGCAAAGGCAAAGGCAAGAAGAGAAGGCGAUGAGUUUGGUUGUUUUGGUUGCGUAGUACCUUCUCAUGACUUUUGCCUUCAAGGUCAAGGUAUGGCGGCCUUGUAUCGCGGACGUUAAGGGAGACAGAUGAAGGCAGUUUCUAUGGUGCAAAUUUUGUGCAACGUUUAGGUUAUUAUAAAUGUAUUCAUAGUAAAAAUUUUGUAUCCAAUUUUGGUUGGAACUAUAUCGGUUGCUCGAUGUUUAGAAAUUCAUCCAGAAUUUUGUAUCUUUACAAUGUUUUCGACGUGCUUUCAUGCAACCUCGUUCAAUAUUCCUUCAA